GUGUUGCAGUCAUACCAGUCAUAUUUAAGUUGGGUUGUUGGAAUCAAUAAUUCGCACGUCGUGAGAUUAGUCUCUUCUUUUUAUUGCGAAAAAAAGGUACAAAAGUUAAUAAUUGUAAGAGUAAGUGAAACAGUAAAAUAUAGACGGCAAUUAUUAACGCAAAUAAAACAUCAUUCGGCUUCUGGUAGUUGAAAAAAAAAAAUCUUUUAAUAAUUUUUUUUACAAAUAUUUACGUCAUCUGAAAGCACUGCAGAACAUGUCGGAAGCAGAACAUGCAGAAACCAAUGGAACAGCAAAUGGCGACGUGCCAGAAAUUGAAUUGAUCAUAAAGGCGUCUACGAUUGAUGGACGCCGCAAAGGUGCCUGCCUUUUCUGCCAGGAAUAUUUUAUGGACUUGUAUCUGCUGGCCGAAUUAAAAACAAUCAGCUUAAAGGUGACCACGGUAGAUAUGCAAAAGCCACCGCCCGAUUUCCGUACCAAUUUCGAAGCUACGCAUCCCCCCAUUUUAAUUGACAACGGUUUGGCUAUACUCGAGAAUGACAAAAUCGAACGGCAUAUCAUGAAAAAUAUCCCCGGUGGAUAUAAUCUGUUUGUACAGGACAAAGAAGUGGCCACGUUGAUUGAGAAUUUAUAUGUGAAGCUCAAGUUGAUGUUGGUAAAGAAAGACGAAGCCAAAAACAAUGCUUUGCUUGCACACUUAAAGAAAAUUAAUGAUCAUCUGGCUAAUCGUAACACACGCUUCCUUACCGGUGAUACCAUGUGUUGCUUCGAUUGUGAGUUGAUGCCGCGCCUACAGCAUAUACGUGUAGCUGGCAAGUAUUUUGUGGAUUUUGAAAUUCCAACUCAUUUAACGGCUUUGUGGCGAUACAUGUAUCACAUGUAUCAAUUGGAUGCUUUCACUCAAUCGUGCCCGGCUGAUCAAGACAUUAUUAAUCAUUACAAAUUGCAACAAAUGCUGAAAAUGAAGAAACAUGAGGAGUUAGAAACGCCAACCUUUACCACAUCCAUUCCGGUCGAUAUUGCCGAUUAAGAAGAGUGAUUUCAAGAAUGACAAGCUGUACUUUUUGUUUUCUUUAUAACCCCACCCACUUUUUUUUAGUAGUGCAAACAAAUAUUAGAAACCUUUAGAAACCUAAUUAAAAAAAUUUUAAAGGGACUUUUCGACAAUUCCGAUUUGGAAAAACAUAAGCAUUUUGCUUUCUUUAUUUUUUACUUUUAUUUUUUUUAUUUUUUUUUUUUAUUUUUUAUAUAAUUACUUUUAUAGUUAAGUAAUAAAUUGUGUAAUAGCCCAUAUGACAAAUUUUACUGUUCCUCUUUUUUUUCCAUAUUAUUGCUAAUCAAAACAUAUCUUAUUGUGGUCAAUAGAAAAUUUCUCUAAUCUUUACAGAUAUUAAAAUACCUUUCGUGAAAAUAUAUACACAAUAAA